AACCUCCCUUCUUCUUCCUCUUCUUCCCCUCCUCCAUCCCCCCUCCUCGUCAUCUCCUAGUCACAGCAAACAAUGCCUAAAGCAACAGAACUCCUCUACCUUCUCUUUCGUCACCCAAAUGAGCUCCGCGCUCUUGCACAGUACUGGGUAUGGACAGACAACCGCGAGCUCUCAGAUCCCAAGGAACUCGCUUCCACAGGCUGGGACAGGGAGAGCAUGCGCACUUGCUGGGCAUAUCUGGAUAUGACCAGCAGGUCAUUUGCAGUAGUGAUUAAGAACCUCCAAGGGGACCUCGCUAGGAUCAUCUGCCUGUUUUACUUGACCCUCCGCGCCCUGGACACGAUCGAAGAUGACAUGACCAUCCCCGUGGAAGUGAAGCAGCCUCUCCUGCGCGACUUUUACAAGCGAUUGGACGAGGAAGGGUGGAAUUUUACAGGCAACGGGCCGGAGAAGGAUCGGGACGUUUGCGUGCACUUUGACGUCGUCAUCCAGGAGCUUGCUCGGAUUCCCAAGUCGUGCUUCGAGGUCAUUCGGGAUAUUACGAAAAAGACUGGCAAGGGCAUGGCCGAUUUCUGCGAUCGCGUUUCCCCUGGACGCUCUUUCUACGUCGAGACGAUCGAGGAGUACGACUUGUACUGUCACUGUGUUGCCGGCCUUGUUGGUGAAGGGCUUUCCCGGCUUUUUGCCGCUACGGGCAAGGAGCAGGAAUGGAUUGCCGACCAGCUGGAGCUGAGCAACUCCUGCGGUCUCUUCCUGCAGAAGACGAACAUCACUAGGGACUACAGGGAGGACGUGGACGACGGGAGGUUCUUCUGGCCGCGCGAGAUCUGGGGAAAGUUCGGGUUUGCCGAUAUUAAGGAGCUUAAAGAACGUGAGAAGGAACAACAAGCCGUCUUCGCCCUGAACGGGAUGGUGCUCGAUGCGCUCAGGCAUUCGGUCGACUCCCUGGACUAUCUUACGAUGCUGAAGAACCAGAGCGUGUUCAACUUUGUCGCUAUCCCUCAGGUCAUGGCUAUCGCUACCCUGGCACUGUGCUACGGGAACCCAGAGGUCUUACAGCGGAACGUGAAGAUCCGGCGUGGGCAGACAGUGCAGCUCAUGCAGAAAGCGACCAACCCGAGGGACGUCGCCUACGUCUUCCGCGAUUUUGGCAGACGCAUCCACGCCAAGUCCCUCCCUCAGGACCCGAACUACCUCAAGAUCUCCGUCGCGUGCGGUAAGAUCGAGCAAUGGUGCGAGCAUCACUACCCGUCAUUCAUCUCCCUCGUCUCGGGUUCGAAAGACGGCAGUGCCUCCAUAUCUCCCACCGCGCCUGGCGGGGACCCGCGUGCACUGAUUUAUCAGCGCAGGGUUGUUAGGGAACAGGAGAAACAGAGGAGAGAUCUGGCGAUACGCGUUGGGCUUGACCCGGCGAAGAUGAACAACAACCAGGAAGAACAGGCGCCUUGGUGGCUCCUUGCGGCGAUGAUGGGCACGACGGUGCUCCUGUUUGCGAUCACGGCGGGUAUCGCGUUUUUGGUCAUUUGGUGGUUUGAUUUGAUGUGAGCUGCGGGGGUGGGUGGAUGUCAUUAAAAAUUCCAUGAGGGGGAGGGUUUUUGUACAUAUUUUUAUUUCCUUGUUCGCGUUCGGUUGG